UUCACCGAGCUGUAGCCGCUUCGCAGAGCUCCACGUCUCUCUGAGAGGAGGAAGAGAGAAUGAAUAAAGUCAGUGAGAGAGAAGCUGAGCUCUCUCACUGCUGUCAUUACUCUCCACACCUUGAAACAGCUCCGACCUGCCCGACGAGCCCUCUGUACACUCCUAGGCUGCCGGAAUGGCGCAGAAGGUGCUGGUGACGGGUGGAGGGGGCUACAUUGGUAGCCACUGUGUGGUGGAGCUGAUUGAGGCCGGCUAUCAUCCUGUGGUCAUCGAUAACUUCAGCAAUGCUGUAAGAGGAGAAGGCGAUGUCCCCGAGAGCUUGCGGAGGAUAGAGAAGUUUAUGGACACUACGAUUGAGUUCCAUGAACUGGACCUGCUGGACAAACCCGGUCUGGAGAAAAUCUUCAAACAGCACUCGUUCUAUGCAGUGAUGCACUUUGCUGGGCUGAAAGCGGUGGGAGAAUCAGUGGAGCAGCCGUUACGCUACUACAGGGUCAACCUCACAGGCACAAUCAACCUACUGGAGGUGAUGCAGGCUCACGGGGUCCAUAAUCUAGUGUUCAGCAGCUCGGCGACGGUGUACGGCGAUCCUCAGAAACUGCCCAUCGACGAGCAGCAUCCAGCUGGAGGCUGCACAAACCCUUACGGCAAGACCAAGUUCUUCAUUGAGGAGAUGAUCCGGGACCAGUGCAGUGCAGAAAAG